AUGCCACCAGCAACCGCCUCGCCGCCCCCAAUCCUAGCCAUCACGGCUACGUAUCUUCACCUGCUCGCCCAACAUUUACCCCGACCCCUCUACCAAGUUCUUCAAAAGACUCGUCAUCACAUAUCACGCUUCUGCGCCGCCAUCUUCUCGUCUGCCAUCGUCGUCCGCGUGCACUCGCUUAUCCCCCACAAGAUGCGGCGCCCUCUGGGAUUAUCGGCGCUUCUGGUCGUACUGUUUCUCAUCAUCGGCCUCCCCACCAUCCUCGCGCAGAGUGAACCCUUCCACUGCUACCCGUACCCAGCUACCGACACGCUUGCGAGUCCUUUCAUCACGUUGCAACCGCAUUGCUGCAAGGGUCCGAUUGAUAACAAGCUGAGAGUUGGGUCCCAAUGUGAGCCGGCAAACGGUGGGAAAUACAAGACCAAGUUCGGCCAGGACUUGGGAACAUGCGAGAUGGGUUUGGCCGACGCUUGCUGUAUGCGAUUGCAUUACCCGCCUGAGAUUGGGCGACCCGACAUUUCAUACUGCGAUGCUGCCUUCCUCGUCAAGGCUGAGCCGAAGAACAUAAUCAAUGCCCGAAACUGGAACCCCGAGAAAUACGGUAUAUGA